AUGUAUGCUGCUGAAGUGUCGCAGACUCAAGCAAACGAUUACCAUCGGGUCUCCAACGAACUCUCGGUCGCGGGCAGAGUGUCAGAGACGACGGCCAACUGGCAGCUCAUAAGAGCUUCGUGA